AUCUCUGGUUUGCGAUUCUCACUUUCAAUUGUUUUAAAAUGUAAAUAAAAUAAUGGGCAGUUUUUAUCUUGUUAAAGCACGUGGUGUGCUUGUAUAAUUAACUGUUGAAAUGACUUUACAGCAUCCAGAAAAUGCGUAUAUUUCGCUGUCAGUGAAUAUUGAUAAUUUUAAAUAAUACCUGAACUAAAAAUGAACACUUUUAAGAGGACCAAUGUUGACGUUUACAAAAAGUCAGGUUCAAAAGUAACGCCUGAUACACUUCACUGGAAGAAAUUCGAUGUCCCUGUAUUGGUUAAAGAAUUUGGGCCUAUCGACUACAUAGACUUUUCACCGGUGGAACCUCAUUAUUUCGCUGUCACGUGUUCCGUGAGGGUUCAAAUAUAUAACUCAAUCACAAAAUUAGUCCAAAAAAACUUGAACCGUUUCCAAGAAACUGCAUAUGGAGGUUCGUUUAGGAAAGAUGGCCGGCUGCUGUGCGCUGGCGGAGAGGAGAAGCAUGUCAAGUUGUUCGAUGUGUCGUCCAAGUCUCUGUUGCGAGUUUUCCGAGGACACACCAGUGCCGUGCACAGGUGUGCCUUCACGCUGGCCGGCCUGCAAGUGGCCAGCUUCUCGGACGACAAGAGCGUGUGCCUGUGGGACAUCCCGAGCGAGAAGGCCGUCCUGAGCUACGGCGAGCACUCGGACUAUGUCCGGGCGGGAGCCGCCUCGCCCGUGUCGCCGGAGAUUGUCCUGUCGGGCAGCUACGACAACACGGCGCACAUGUACGACACCCGCACCAAGGCCCGGGUCCUGGCGGUGGACCACGGCUGUCCGGUGGAGAGCGUCAUGUUCCUGCCCACGGGGGGAGUUUUCCUCACCGCAGGCGGCACGGAGGUACGGGUGUGGGACGCCCUGGCCGGCGGGCGGCUGCGGGCCAGGAUAUCCCAGCACCACAAGACCAUCACCUGCCUGGCCCUCGCCUCCGGCAACAAGAGGCUGCUGUCCGGCUCGCUGGACCGCCACGUCAAGAUAUACGACAUCGCCAGCUUCCAGGCCGUGCACACGCUCCACUACCCGGCCGCUGUGCUGAGCCUCGGAGUCAGCGCCGGAGACGAGACGGUGGUGGCCGGAAUGGUGGACGGCCUGGUGUCCAUCUCGCAGCGCCAGGAGGACGCCCGCCCCACCAAGAGGGAGCGCCGCAAGCCGUCGUACCGCUUCGCGGGCAGCGACUGCCCUGCGGUGGAUGCCCUGGUCCUGGAGGAGACCCACCCCGUCCUGGCCAAGCACGACACCCACUUGCGCAAGUUCGAGUACAGCAAGGCCCUGGACUCGGUGCUGGUGCCGUACGUGGCCGGCCGCAACCCCCACGUCACCGUCGCCGUCGUGCAGGAGCUCAUGAGACGAAAAGGCUUGGAGGCAGCGCUGGCCUCCAGAGACGAAGCAACGCUGCUGAAAAUUCUCAAGUUUGUUGUCCGCAACUUGAGCGAUGACCGUUUCACGCGUGUACUAAUUGACUUCACCAACAUCUUCCUGGACGUGUACGAAGGCAGUGUGACCCAGAGUUCGCAGCUGAGGAAGAUGAUGGAGAGUCUUGCAAAGCGAGUGUCCGAGGAGGAGGCCCUAGUGCGGGAAUUGGUUUCCCUGCAGGGCUGCCUGUUCAUGCUGACAUCUGCGGCCAGUUGUACUGGCCCUGCUGUCCCCCAGCCUCAGCUCUUGGCCUUGAAGCCAUCCCUGGCCGCGCAGAACAGCUCUGUCAUCAACGUUGCGUGAUGCAGUACGUUCCAGCUGAAGCCUUGCACGAGCAAGUGUACCUCGUAGCUUCAUGUGCACCGAGAUUGAUGAAAUGACGUUAAGCUGUAUAGUGAGCGAUUAGUGGGGUGAAAAAUACAGAAGUGAGAAUGCAUGUCUUUUUAGAGCUAUUGUGAUAUUGAAACCUAAUGUAAUAAAUGACCAGAACUAUGGUU